GAAGUUGUGGCAAUGAAACUGUAUUACAUUUGUAGUCCAAUAGAAGAUGGGCUUUUAAAUGAAGAUGGCAGUCCCACGGAAAAUUUGAUUGAAGAACUCAAAGCAUACUUAUGGGACAGCAAUCUAUCCACAUUCAGGGAAAUCGCGGUAUCUGGCUUCGAAUUUGAUCAUAUUCCAACCAAGGCAUGGAAGUUCCUCAUUGACCACUGUGGAACUGAGGAAUUAUGCAUAUCAGAAAUAACGGCAAUCGAUAUUGCUGCACUCAACAAUCCUGAUCUCAGCAAGAUAAAAGAGUUGUAUUUGACUAGUGUUGGAUUGAUAGAGAUGCCAUGCUUAUAUAACCUCAAAGGUCUUGAACGCCUCUACUUGGAUGAUAAUAAAAUUGUAGAGGUUAGUCUUCAAAGCUACUUUGAUGCUGAGACGCGCAAUUGCAACGCCAUGCCAAACAUGAAACAUCUGAGGUUGGAUGGAAAUGACAUAUUGAGUAUUGAUGGAAGAAUUGAAGAAGUUUUCCCACAUCCAUCCAUGAAAAUAGAUAUUGAUGAAGUAGAUUUACACUAUCCGCUUAGCGGUGUAAAAGAGAAACUGGAUGAAAUAGGUAUCAAGAUUACUGAACCAGACCGGGAGAGUGGGAUGGACUGGAUGUCAGUAACUGAUUAA